UUUCAGCCCCAUGCUUUCCACAACAGCCACCCGCAAGAGCUUCAUUGACUCAGCUGUAUCCAUGCUACGGAGUUAUGGCUUUGAUGGAAUCGAACUGCACUUUAAAUAUCCUGGGAGUGGGAGAAGUCCCGCUAAGGACAAGCAUCGCUUUGCUUCACUGACUGAGGAAAUGACAGCAGCUUUUGAAAAAGAGGCCAGAGAGACUGGAAAUAAGAAGCUGUUACUUGCUGCAGCAGUUGCUGCUCGGAAAGAAACAAUUGAUGCUGCAUAUGAAGUUGGCAAACUGUCAAAACAUCUUGAUUACAUUAAUGUAAUGGCCUACAAUUUCCAUGAUGGUUUUUCUGACACAGUGACAGGGCACAACAGUCCCUUGUUUGCAGGUGAUCACUCUGAGGAAAGCCUGCAUUCCAGCUGUAAGUUUGCCAUGCUGUACUGGAUCCAAAAAGGUGCUCCUGCUUACAAACUCAUUAUGGGAUUUGCCAACUAUGGACAUACCUUCAAGCUUAGCACCAGGAACACAUCAGUGGGUGCCCCUGUCUCUGGACCUGCCCAUCCAGGACGUUAUACUUUUGAGGCUGGAUUCCUGUCAUACUAUGAGAUCUGCAACUUUAUAAAGGAUGGUGCUACUGUUAAGUGGCUUGAUGACCAGAAGGUUCCAUAUGCCUACAAAGGUUUUACCUGGGUUGGAUAUGACAACAAAAAGAGUUUUAGUUUCAAAGCCCGGUUUGUGAAGAAGCGCAAAUUUGGUGGAGUCUCAAUAUGGGCCAUGGACCUGGAUGACUUCAGAGGCACCUUCUGCAAUGAAGGACCUUACCCUCUGACAAGGGAGCUGAAAAGACUGCUUGAGGGCAAUGAUUGGAUGCAGGUGAAAAAGAGUGCUUCUGGCAGGUUGCGUGAUAGUGGCUCGAAGUCUUGA